CGUAGUGAUGAGUACUGAUAAUAUCGGAAAUUUCAGCCAAAAAUCUGUGUGUAGAGAUGUUCAGAAGGAGAACCAUCAAAAUCCUAACUCGAAUGUGAAUGAAACAACAUUCAACGAAACUUCUAAGUCUAAAACAAGAGCUCGCCUUCUGAGCAAUGGGUCUUCACUAGAUCUCUUCUUAGAAGACUCAAAAUCAAGCUAUCACACAAAUUCCAAAGACAGCAACAAUCCCUCUCCCAGAAGUCACCAAAAUUCCCAACAAUCCCACCAUACCAGCACCACAAAGCUCUCUAAACGCAGAAAAAUAGUCGAGAAAAAGAACAAAAUCAGCCAAAUCAUAGAUCAAAUCUUCACUGAAGACAUAUUCAAAACUCCUUUACAAAGCAAGUGAGACUACUUCUACUCGGCUUACAACCCAUUAACCUUCGAGAAGCCCUACAUGCAGUUUGAAGAGGCCAGCUGCGAUCAAGCAUGCGACUUGAGCGGCAAGAAGUAUUGGACCAAGAUCUGCAAUAAUGUGCUUACCACAAGCACAUUGCUAAGGCGCUUUCUUCAGACAGUCAACAAGGGAAUGUAUUCCACUCUGAAAUAAUUUUGCAAAGAAAUAUCUAGUCAAGCUCUUAGUAGGCCGCAGGUCUUAUUUAGAUUUCAAUGGGAACCACAACCCUGACCUUGUUAAGAGCGUUAAUGUCCUUAAGAGAAUUGUGGGCGAGGGAAGACUAUUAAGCAUGAAGUGUUCUAAGGGGGAAACAGAAGCAAGUUCAUUAGAAGGAUUCAAGAAUGAAGUUAUACUUGCAGUAUUGAGCAUUUUUAGAUCUAAGAUUGACCUUAAAAGUACAGUUCAUCAGAAAGAACGCUUAAGAGUAGAAUCUGACGAAAAUAAUAAUCCUACAAAAACCCAGGCCAAAAUUUCAAAAUUAAGUUUCACAGAUCCCUACUCCUUAUUAAGCACUUUAGGUCCGAGUCCUCAGAAGACUUCAGGCCAUAGGGCUUUUAAACCUUGAAAGCCGCUUCAAGGAAGAAGUCUUGCAAGUGGCGCUAGGAAUGUUAGAGUUGCCUGAGUAGAAAGUCUAAGGAGGAGAGAUUAUUCAGGGCAGGAUUUGGCAUCCAGAAAAUAUGAUCUCUCUAAGGUUUCAACCUCUGGAUCUUCUUGACAACAGAAGAAUAGUUAUUAUCAGAGUAGAAGGAAAUUUAAGCCUCUUAAGAUGCAUAACUCACGGCCUAAUGUUCAGAUUUCUAAAACUGAUCCGAAGGCGAGUAGUGGGUGCCAUAAAGGGAAUACUACAGUUCUAGAUCAUCCUUUUAAUGCCAAAAGAAAAAUAUUCCAAAGUAAAGAGAGACCGAUGGUACGCCUAGCAGGAAUAAGAUUGCGAAAAAUAUGUAAAUCUCGGAUCAGAACCACUUCAAAAGACUUGAUCGGUAAAAAAUCUAAGCAUAAUUACUAA